UUCUGGGUCUGGCAAAUGCUCUGGGUGUUCGUCGUUUCAUCUUCGGUCAUCUUCAUCAAUUCAGCGGGCCACCUCGCCUCGCCCACCCUUUCGGCGGCGGAUUACGUCGGUUGGGCUCUCUUUGGCUUGGGCUUUGCGGUUCAGGUCGUCGCAGACGUGCAAAAGUAUCUCUUCCGGGCAGACCAGGCCAACCGCCGUCGUGUGUGCGACCGCGGGCUGUGGCGCUUCUCCCGCCACCCCAACUUCUGCGGCGAGGUGCUGCUGUGGAUAGGCGUCUACGUGGCAGGGGCGCCGGUCUUUCGUGCCGCUCCCGCCGGCUGGUGGACGGUCGCCUCUCCUCUCUUCACGCUCGCGGUGUUAACGCUCUUCACGGGAAUCCCGCAAGCAGAGGGGCAGAACGCGGUGCGAUGGUACGAUGGCGGCGAGGCGCAGGCGCAGUACGAGGUCUACUUUGAGAGGACGCCACCACUGUGGCUGCUGCCGCCACAGCUGUACCGGCUGCUGCCGCGUCGCGCCAAGCUGCUGCUCUGCUGCGAGCUCCCUCUGUACGCGUACCGUCCCUCGAGCGAGCCGGUCGGAGGACGGUCGGCGAGCAGUGGUCUGGGGGAGCCGUUGUCCGCUCCCGACACGGAGGGCACGGACCACAGUUAAGAGCAGGUUCGUCGCACUCUCGUCUCUCUCCAGACUGUCUCUGUGCACACAACAAACAAUCAUAUUUAUUUGAACUCUUAACAAUAACAUGCGAAUUG